AUGGAGGUUUAUGGAGGCGGUUUUCUCUUACAGAAGCCUCUUCGUAGUCCUGCAAUUUUGGUGUUUUUAGUGGUUUAUAUGGUUCGACUUCGACAGGCACGCAUAGAUGUGCAGAAGUUUUUGGUUGAUAGUCACUCACUUUGCUUGUUUGGGUCCAUUUCAUUUGGUUUUCUCCUUCACUACUUCUUCCUGGAGCCCUUUCCUUUGACUGGUUUAGUACUUUCAGACAAAUGGGUGCUUGCCCGCAGGAAGAGGAGCUUGCCAUGGCAGACUGAUUUGUUCGAAGAAAGCCUGAGAGCCGUUGAGGUAUCAGGAGUUGAAGUCGGAACCACGGUUCAUGUUACCAACCUUGAUCAGGGAGUGACAAAUGAAGAUAUAAGGGAACUCUUUGGCGAGAUAGGAGAGAUGAAAAGAUAUGCAAUUCACUUUGACCAAAACGGUCGUCCAAAUGGUUCGGCUGAAGUUGUGUAUAUGAGGAGAAGUGAUGCAUUUCAAGCUAUGAAGAGAUACAACAAUGUACUGUUGGAUGGAAGGUCUAUGAAACUGGAGAUUCAGGGUGGAAACACAGUGGUUGCUCCUGCUUCAGCUCGUUUCAACGUAACUGGAUUGAACGGGAGGAUGAAGAGGACUGUUUCCAUUGGACAAGGGUUUAGAGGCGGGAGAGGAAGAGGAGGAAGAAGUGCAGCUUCCUCUGUGAGACGCCUUCCUAUCCAAAACCAACAAGGAGGUGUUGUGAGAGGCGGUCGAGGCGGGUUUCGUGGUAGAGGCAGAGGCCAAGGCGGUGGUGGUGGUAGAGGGAGUAAAAGCGGCGGCCGAGGAGGAAAGAAGCCAGUGGAGAAGUCUGCUGAAGAAUUAGACAAGGAUCUUGAAAGCUAUCACGCAGAAGCUAUGAUAUCUUAA